GUGUGUUUCAACAGUGUUCUCGCACGAUUUCGCACGCCAGUUGAUAGACUUUUGUUCCGGCAUUAGAUAAGUUAGUUCAGGAAGGCAGGCAGGCAGCCCUCCAUCGGCUCUCUAACGUGGAUGCUGAUCGUGACGUCACGUGUGUGCCUGCGCUCUGGCAGGCAAUUGGUCCAAGGAUGCGCUGAACACACGGCCGCUAUUGCUGCCUAUGCAUAGUGGCCAAGGAACCGACACUCUCAAAACAAUAAUUCACCAUCCCUUUAUUCCAAGACAACAGCAUCAUCACCAAAACUGUACUGGACUACGAGUCGUUGACGGAGGAUAUGUUUGCAGGCUGAUCAAUUCGAGGCAACGAUAUUUCUUUUAGAUGUUCACUUCUUAAUCGCGUUGUUAAGCACAGAAAUUGAGUUGUUUACCUUUUUUCGUAGUUUUUUGUCGUGCAUCAUUUCACGGGAAAGCUACGCGAUAGUGGCAUCUUUAAAAGCUCGGAGGAAGCCACGCUGGAUUUAAUCGGAAGAAUACAACUACGAGCCACUACACUGAAGGGUUUCAAGUGACGGGAGAGCGGUAAUGAACACAUUUCACUCAAUGGAUCUUUAUAUUUAGAGCUAGAUGUGACGCUCCCCCCGGCCACCACCAAGCUAAGACUGGGGAAGGCUCAGGCACACAUGCACCGCACGGCUUGUCAUUUUACAGUGACUAAUAGGGCAUAACUAUUACGACAUCACAAAAGUCGAAACAUAGAAUCUACCGUUUCAGCUGCGUCUCCAGUUCACGACUUGAGUGCUUUGUCGCGGGCGGGUUCUGGAAGAACACGAUCUUAACUCCAGCCGUUGUGAAAAUGAUGGCUGGUGGAGCUGUUCAACAUAACGGGAUAUUCACGAAUCCUCACCACAACAGUCAACAGCCCCACAUGGAGUCGGAUUCUCUUGAUUCCCGAAAAAGACCAUUAGAAACCCCCACCGAGGCGAGCAGCACCAAGCGCACAAAUACAGGAGAGGAGGGCGAGUACUUCUUGAAAGUGCUGAUCCCCAGCUAUGCAGCCGGAUCCAUCAUCGGCAAGGGAGGCCAGACCAUCGUCCAGCUGCAGAAGGAGACAGGGGCCACUAUUAAGCUGUCCAAAUCCAAAGACUUCUACCCAGGUAGGUACCCAUUAAGCACUGUGGUUCUGCCCGUACCUGGUUUUGCUGCUGGGGCCACUCAACAUGACUUGUUUCUGGUGCUCAGAAUGCAGGAUAACGAGUUUUUGGUGCAGAUAAGGAACUGGCCAAUUAUUUUGGGCAUUGUCAUGUAGUGUGUUUACGAAUGCCUCAAUACUCACCAGAUACGUGUUGGCUCAGGGUGUUGCUGCACUAAGGAGAUGACCUUGAAGUCAAACUGAAGGUCAUCUGCUAUUGUAAGAUUGUGUGAGAAGAAUGCAACAUUUUUACCCUAGUCCCAUUUAAAUGUUGUCGUUGCUAAAUAUCACUGCUAAUUGCUUUCUGAGUGCCAAAGACAGACUAAGCACCUUUUCCUAAUUUCAUGCAAUCUGAAAGAUUAUUUUUUGUUUUUGCUGGACUCUCUGACAAUGGUUUCUAUAUCACCAGCAAGACUCAGCAACGGAGUGGAAUUGGUUUAGUCUAACUUUUAAUGUUUGUACCAAUUGGUGUUCUUCUCGAUAUAUCAUGGAAUGUUGAAAAGAGAGCAGUGACAAAAACCAAACGGUGUGGUCUUCUCUGAGGAGCACCUGGGGCCCCUGGUCGGGGGGUAACAUCCAUCCACAGGGGCCAAUCUGAAAAAAAGGCCACGCGACAUAAUCCCAUCUGAUUCACCUUCAUUAUGUAUUUAUAUUUACAGUGUUCCUACAAAGCGAAGCAGUUAGUAUGCAUGAGACACACCCCACACAGUCACAGUGUGUGUGAAUUAUGGGACCGUUCGGCUUCAUCAUUUUUUGAAAUUCCUUCAUUGU